AGAGGGAGAGGGAGAGGGAGAAGGAGAGGGAGAGGGAGGAAGACGGUUCGUCGGAGUCACCCGCGUCUGUGGAACCUGUAACCUUAUCGCCAGGAUGUCGGUCCGUCCCCAAGAUGCUGUGAAGGAACUGGAGAGAGCACUGUCUAACAACGCCUUGCAAGAUGUAGAAGAACUGAGGCAGUACUAUGCUUUAAGAAAAGCUGAUCAUCAGCGUAUUGUUGCAAACGUGCUAAGUGCUAAGAAGCGCCCCCUUGAGACAUUUCGAUUGUCAACAAGACCCUCGCCAGCUGAGCUUAGAGAGCUGUUUGACUGGAUAAGAAAUCUGUAUCUGGACAUUGGUGUGCUGUCUCUACCUGGGAAAGACCGCAAUGGCAACCCGGUGCAAGUUCCUAUAACUAUAGACUACCCAUCUAAGUCCGAGGACCACAGCUACUAUUGUGUGGAAUUCACCCGAUCAGGGGAUGGUGCUAUUUUUGAGCUCCUUGUUAGACAAGCAGACAAUUAUGGGAAAAUUUUGUUUUUGCCACUCUAGAUUUUGCCAAUUUUCCUUAUACCAUUCUAGAUUUUGACAUUUCACUUUUGCCACUCUUAGCUUUUGACAAUUAUCACAAUUGCCACUCCGUGGCAAAAGCAAAAUAAUUUUAUUUCAUUUUUGCCACUCUUAGCUUUUGAAAUGUAUCACAAUUACCACUCCGAAAAUCUUGCUUUUGCCACCGGAAUGGCAAUUUAGAUAAUUGUCAAAAACUAAGAGUGGCAAAAGUGAAAUGUCAAAAUCUAGAGUGGCAUAAGGAAAAUUGGCAAAAUCUAGAGUGGCAAAAACAAAAUUUUCCCGACAAUUAUGUCGUGGCCUCUCGCAUGUACUUAAAGAAGUGUCAAAGAGACAUGACCCCGUGGUGUGUAUGUGGUGAUUGCAAAAUCCCUGCUUCCUUUGGAACACAGCGCCCGAUGAAGUAUACCUCCACACAUGACAAGCUUGACAAUAUCAAAAUAUCUGUGUUUACCCUCGAUCAAAUAUUUGAUCUACUGGAAAGUCUACAGAAUGAUCCCGGGCAAGAUGAAACAGAUGAAGGCAAGAGACUGCUUGUCACCCUUUUUCUGUUGCUAGGUGAGGGUCCAAGAUUUGCCCAACUACAACAGUUCUUUAUCACUUACAGUGGAAGUGAGAUAGUGAGGGAACUGGAUCCCUACAUUUGUGAUCAGUUCCGGAGGUGGGCCAAAUUAUGUCGCAUAUGCUUCAAAUACCAUCUUGCUGAGCUUGAGAAGCCAUUAUAUGAUGCUUUUGCUGCUGCCAACAAUCUAAGUGAUGAUGAGGGAGCUGAAGAUGAUACCAACCCUUACAGAAGUAUUGAUGGAAUGAUCACUGAGAUGGCAGUGGAAACAGCCAAAGUUGAGUGCAAGCUCAAUUAUACCAAUCUCUGUGGUGGUGAAAUUCUGUUGCUUAAUUCUGACAUCUCAUUGUGUCUUGACAUCCUAAUGAGGAUUGAUGGUUACACAGGGAAACUACACAAUAAAAAACAAUCAGAUGAAAGUUAUCUUUGGCUUGAGGAAGGUGAAGAAAGGCAAUGCAAAGUGGCUGUACUGCCUGCUCCUCCUCAAGAUGGAGAAAUGACGGAGAGUGUACUGCCUCCUCCUCCUCAAGAUGGAGAAAUGACGGAGAGUGUACUGCCUCCUCCUCAAGAUGGAGAAAUGACGGAGAGUGUACUGCCUCCUCUUCCUCAAGAUGGAGAAAUGGACGAGAGUGAAGCAAAUGGUACUGACAAGCCUGAGACAAACAAGAAGAAGGCAGCAAAGGCUAAGGCUGAAGAUCAGGCCCGGGCUGCUGCCAGGGCUGCAGCGAAGCGGAUGCCUCAAGUUCAGAGAUCUGAAGAAUACAGAAUGCUAAAGAAGAAAGAGAAAAAGAAGAAGAAGGAGAGAAAGCGGCUCGGACUAUGUGAUGCAGCGGAGUACGAUGCCAAUGAAGUUGGUUCAUCUGCUGACUCUCAGGAAGAAGAUGCUGAUAUUUGCCCAUAUGCUGGAGCUGAGGGGCUUUCUGGAGAAGGGAAGGAGGAGAAGACAGGAGGUGCUGCUGAUGAACGAAUGUGGGAUCACAGUAAGAACAGGGGGGAAGAAGGUGCUUCUGGGAGUCCAUCUGUUUGUACCCAGGUAGAGGAUGUUGGAGCUGUGGUGUCUUAUGGAGAAGGGAAGCAGGAGAAGACUGGAGGUUCUUCUGGCAAAAGAAAUGGGCGUCAAGGGAAGAUUGAGGGUAAGGAUAAUGAUGCUGAUAGUCCAUAUGUUGAAGCCCUGGUGACACAGCAGCCUAAGAAUGUUGGAAGUGCAUCGUUCUGUGAUGAUUCUGUCAGCAAACAAAGGAAGAACAAGGAAGAAGAGAAUUCUUGUCCUGUUGCAGUGCAGUUGCCACCUGAAGAAGGCGAUCAAGAGCUGAAGCAACAUGGAGCAUCCCGGCCAUCCUCGAAUUCUCCUGGCAACAGGAGGCACAGGCGCAGAGGUAACAGCAAGAAGGGGGAAGAUGGUUCUGCUUUGAGUCCUAUUGAAGCUCAUGUGCCAUCUGAAAACUGGAAGCAAAACAAGUCAAAUUCUCCUGGCAAUAGAAGGCACAGGCGUCGUGGUAACAGCAAGGAGGUACAUGAUUCUGCUCUGAGUCCUGAUGAAGCUCAUGCGCCAUCUGAAAAGGGGAAGCAAAACAAGAAGUGGAAUUCUCGUGGCAAUAGAAGGCACAAGCAUGGUGGGAACUUCGAGGAAUAUGAUUCUGCUCUGAGUCCUGAUAAAGCUCAUGUGCCAUCCGAAAAGGGGAAGCAAAAGAAGUUAAAUUCUCCUGGCAACAGGAAGAGGUUGAAUUCUCCUGGCAACAGAAGGACCAACAGUCCUGGUAACAGGAAGAAGGCAGAAUACGAUUCUGAUGAGAGUACCGUUGAACCUCAGGUGGCAUCUCAAAAAGGGAAGUGCAAGAAGAAGCCAAAGCCGAAGCCAAAAAGGUAGCAAGAACCUUGCAAUGAUCAUUGCAAUAGCAUGGACGAGACUAAUGGUGUCUUGAUAACCCCAAGAAUGAGGGAAAUCCUGAGCGUUAUGUUACAACAUUUCUGCAAAGGUUCAUCGAACCUAAUUUUGUUACAGUUCUAACCCACCCACAAUGCAUUUUGCACCACCUGGAUGUUAACUGAUAUCAACGUCUUGUGGUUUCGGUGGUGAUGUUACAACAUUUCUGCAGGCAACUAGUAUUAUGUUCUUAAA